CAUAUUUGUACCACUAUCGAAAAUGUUUAAGGAGAAAAUAGUAAUCGAUUGUAAGGGACACCUUAUGGGUCGCCUAGCCUCAGUAGUGGCUAAAGAAUUACUAAGUGGACAGAAGAUUGUUUGCGUUCGCUGUGAGGAUGUAAGCAUCAGUGGAUCCCUAUACCGCAACAAGCUGAAAUACCACCGCUUCUUGCGCCUGAGGACCAAUUCUAACCCACGCCACGGUCCAUUCCACCUCAGGAAACCAUCCAAAAUGUUUUGGCGUGUGGUGCGAGGUAUGAUUCCUCAUAAGACUAAGCGUGGAGCUGAAGCCCUUAAACGCCUGAAGACCUACGAGGGAGUGCCACCACCAUACGAUAAGGUAAAGAAACAAGUCGUUCCAUCGGCUCUUCGCUUUUUGAAGUUGAAGCCUCACCGUAGACACUGCCGCCUAGGCGACGUCCUCGCUAAGGUUGGAUGGAACCACAACGGACUCAUCCAGAAACUGGAGGCUCACAGGAAGGAGCGCUCGCAAGAAUACUACAAGGAAAAGAUGGAGAAAGUGAAGAGGCGUGAACAGGCCAAGGCGGAAGCAAUGUCUAAGCUUCCCGAAGAGCACAAGAAUGCUCUUACAUACUGUGGUUACGCUUAGAAAACACUAUCGUUUCAUUGAACUACCUUAACAUUAUGUU